AUGCAAUUUCUCGAACUUCAAGCUGUUGUUUUGGCUUACCUUGCCACCUCGGUGAGCGGUCUUACUAUCGCAGGGGAUCACUUGAUCAAGCCUCGCGAUAGCUCGGUUGGGACCGAUGGGAAAAAAUGCUAUCCCAACCCGAGUCAAUGGCAGGCGUUCCAGGAUAACAAUUCUUCCGGUGAUCCCCAGACGACCUGUUACGAUGAGUACCCUGGUAGUGGCCACGGUACCGACAUUUAUGUUAGAGAUGGCUGUAUUGUGAUUGAUGACUCAAUCCGCUGCACCAUGACGGGUUAUUCUCACAAAUCAAAGAACUUCGGAUUCGAGUACCUACCCUACAAUGUCCGGGAUCAGGAUGGUACCUUUAGCACCGCUGUUAUCUAUGCCGGGUUCGACCGCAAUAAUCAUGAUAAGGAAGUUGAGCCUAACUGUGUGCUCGAGGCAAAAUGGCCUAGCUACUGGGGCGAUUUGGAUUUCACCAAGGACGGCUGUCUCACUGAUAGCUCGGGAGAGUGGAAGCAGUGCUGCUUCAACAAUCCCAAUGGUCUUGCUGUCACAAAUCCAUAUGCCUAG